AUGAGCGACGCGGCAUAUCCAGAAGAACGGGGCAUGUCAAGCAGAUUGAUCUUGCAAAAUGAGGCUCAACGUGCAACAGUUCAAGGUCUGACAGUGUCGCGUCAAGAACGAGUUGAUCGUAUCUACGCUCUUAAAGACCCUGCGCCGUUUGACACAGAAGUCGAACAUGCUCUUGCUGCCCUUGAGGGGGUGAAAUCAAAUGCUGGAUCUCCCGAACACGUGGAUUACUCGAUAGCCGCUGCGCGUGCGUAUCUGGACCGAUAUCGCCAUGGCUCAGAUUUGGCCGCAAAAGACUCUGAGCUGGCUUUAGAUGUCCUUGAGAAAGCCACUACCUCCGAGCCGAGAGAUCAUUCCUUGGGCGCUCGUUAUCAUUACACGAAGGGGAAGAUACUGUACGAAAAAUGCUUGCGGCAUCGAAGACUUGAAGAUAUCAAGCAGGCAUACGCGCAGCAUCAGCUGGCUUUUUCGCGCUGUUGUGAAGAGCUUGCUACCUUUCAAGAGUCUGAACAAGAGCCACCAGAUGAUCUCGUGGACAUAUAUAUACUCUGUGUCAUCUCAUGUUGCCAUGUCGCUUUUGUCCUGUACGGAGUGACCGAAGACAAGGAAUUGCUUGAAGACUCAAUCGAGCUCGCAGAAAUGUGCGUCAUUGCCAUCGAAGAUGACCACCCCCGGAUGUCGACUGUACUGGCAUGCUGUGCCCAAGCACUUCUCAUUCGACUGAUUGAUUUUGGCGAGCACUCGGACCUCGACAUAGCCCUUGAGCUUUUUAAAGCCGCCCUCAACUCACCCACCUUCGACCAGCUGGAAGGUUUCCAGAUUCGCCUAAGGUACGCGACUGCUCUUAGCAUGAAGUUCUCCGCCACUGAAGACUGGAAGUUUCUCAAUCUCGCGCGAAACGAAGUCGAUUGUGUUCUCGUGAUGCAGCAUCAGCUCCUGCGCCAUGAACUAUUUCAAUGCUUCGACGUACGCUUCGAAAUAGAGUACCUCCAAGCCAUGCGGGAUCCUCACUACGACCUUCCUAGGUUGAACUCGCAUCAGCUGGACGUGAAUCUUCUUCUCCAAGGGUUUGAGUCGAGCCCAUUUGUUGUGACGUACUACACCCAGAAAAGCAAGCUAGACUCCUUACUUUUUCGCAGGUAUGGCGAGAAGAAGGCCCUCGCACAGGCUACCUCACACAUUGCCCGGGCGACCACUCUUGCAGUUAAUGGAAGCUGUGGUGUGAUCUCAAAGCAAGAGCAGUUGGAGACUGCAUACUGGAAUAGUAUCAUUCAGUAUGACAAUUUCAGCAAGUAUCACAGCCUUGAAGCCCUCAGAGAAGGCAUAUCAUUCGCCAGGGAGGCUGUGGAUGGUACAAAGCAAAGCUCCAUCAAGUUUGUCCCUCGAGUCGUUGCGCUGUGCUAUGGACUCCGGCUCCAGCAUGAGAAUGCGUCAUUCGCCGGCUCAAAUCUCGAGGAAGCCUCCAUAUGGUUGAAUCUGGCCGCUUCAGCUGCGCGUCCUCUCGCCCCCAGAGAAGCAUCCUCUCUUCACUCUGAGUUUGGAGAAAUCGAAUGGAUGCGUCAACGACAUCGUCAUGCUGCGCCAGAUUUUGAUCGAGCCAUUAUGCAUUUUCAAAAGGCUAUUGAGGCCAGCACCAUAGGAAUUGAGAUCGACAGCAUACCACAAAUUAGAUUGGCUAACGUUCUUGUCGAGAAAGCCGUUCGCACAUCGCAUAAGAAUUGUUUCAAAGAAGCUCAGACACAACUGGACAACUACCGAAAGUCUCUCGAAACUCGGAAUAUCGGUGAUGGUGGUCUGUUUGUUCAAGCAUGCGCCUGGUUAGUCAGGUCACAAUACAACUUUGAUCCAAAGCCUGGAUAUGCAAAAGCAUGGCUACGCUUUGCACACCUUGUACUCAAGAAAGACUUUCCACCUCUCGUCAAGAUCAACUACGCGGUGGAGGUUGCUGACUGGGAGCUUGAAUUCAACCAAGACAUCAAUGCAAGCGUGACAGCGUGGAGGUUUGCUUUGGACGAAAUGGUUCGUCUACUAUCGGAGGCUCUUCAGCGACACGAGCAGCUGCCGAUCAUUCGAAAGUUUCGCUACCUUCCCGCAGCGACUGGCAUUGCAAUGUUCCAGCAGGGUGCUGCAGCUCUCGAGAUCAUUCAGAUUGUUGAAUCUGGUCGAAGUAGCAUCUGGGCCACUGUCCUCAACCGGCAGGCUGAUUUAGAGCGCCUUCAAACCUCACACCGGGAGCUGGCGCACCGAUAUCAGCGAAUUCGAUCUCAAAUAGUCUCGAGCCAGCAGCAAACAUUCUCCGAAAGGGCCAAUGAACCCACACUUAUCGAGCUUAGCGAUGCGCUUGCAGAAGUCACACAAGAGAUACGCAAAGAACCCGGCUUGGAAGAUUUUCUACUCCCGCCAUUCGACGAUUCCAAGUUACGAGAGAUUGCGAAACCAGGUCCUGUUGUGAUGCUUUUAUCAGGUCCCGACUUUGGCGUCGCAUUGGUGAUCUGUAAACUGAAAAUUUUCGCCUUGAAGCUGCCCGAGUUUGGCAGUGAGCCGUGCGAGGAGCAAACAAAAAGAUUGCAAACAGUCUUGGGAAUGGCAAGCGCCUCUACAGAACCAAAACUUCGUUCGGAACUCGAAGAUGUGUUUGAGUGGAUGUGGCACGCUGCUGCCGAACCGGUCCUACGUUCUCUCUUCGGCAUCCGCCAACCUGGACAAAACGACGAGAACAUCUCAGGCUAUCUGCGGGCAGACUUCGAAAAGACGACACCUGAAAACAGGCCCCGUCUCUGGUGGAUAACGGUCGGCUGGGUGAAUUUACUACCAAUACACGCAGCUGGCGCCAAACGAAGGUCUGGCGACGAUUCGGCUGACAGCCUCGAUUCGGUCAUGGAUUGGGUGGUAUCGUCAUAUGCUCCUUCUCUGCGAUCACUGAUGGCUUUCAGAAGACGGUUAGAGGUGCUUCAAGAGCCUCGAGGUGUCGAAGAGAACAUUGGGAGCUUUGUCACCGUUGCCAUGCCCACGACUCCCCCAGAUUAUAAGAACAAUCUUCAUUUCGCCCCCCUCCCACACGCCGCCGAUGAGGUCAAGAAAGUCAGUGGUUUCCUCUCAAAGCACUUCAACCCGAACAAGAUCUCUUCAACACCCUCGACAAGGAAGGAAGUCCUCAUGAGCCUUCGCCGUUGCUCGAUUGUGCACCUAGCGUGCCACGGCUACGCCGAUCCCUUUGAGCCACUAAAUAGUCGCUUCCUACUCAGGGACCACGAACGGAAGCCCUUGACCGCCGCGCACUUGAUGAGACUGCGAAUGGACAAUUGUCAACUUGCAUAUCUUUCCGCCUGUGAGACAGCUGUCAACAAAGACAUCGAAUUGCGCGACGAAGGUUUACAUCUGUGCGGUGCUUUACUGAUGGCGGGCUGUCCGAUAGUCGUUGCUUCACUAUGGCAGAUUUUGGACAAGCCAGCAGUCGAAAUGGCAUCCAGCUUCUACCAAAAUCUGCAGACAGACAGUGGGAAGUUGGAUUUGGGUCUGGCUGCAAUCGCUUUGCAUAAUGUGUGUAAGCAAGCGAGGAAUGCAGGAAUACACCCUUAUGUGUGGGCGGCCUACGUACACUUCGGAUCCUGA